AUGGACAGGGUGUGCGCCGUAUUCGGAGGCUCCCGGGGCAUCGGCAAGGCGGUGGCCCGCUUGAUGGCCCAGAGAGGCUACCGACUGGCCGUCGUCGCCCGGAAUCUGCAGGGGGCCAGAGCCGCGGCCGGGGACCUGGGCGGAGAUCAUUUGGCAUUGAGCUGUGAUGUUGCCAAAGAACAUGAUGUUCAAAAUACAUUUGAAGAGAUAGAGAAGAACUUAGGUCCAGUUAAUUUCUUGGUAAAUGCAGCUGGAAUUAACAGGGAUAAUCUCUUAGUAAGGACAAAUGUCGAAGAUAUGUUAUCUCAGCUUCAUACUAACCUCUUGGGCUCCAUGCUGACCUGUAGAGCUGCCGUGAAGACAAUGAUUAAACAGCAGACAGGGUCCAUUGUGAAUGUGGGAAGCAUUGCAGGUAUAAAAGGCAGUUCUGGCCAGUCUGUGUACAGCGCCAGUAAAGGCGGGCUAGUUGCGUUCUCACGCGCUCUUGCUAAAGAAGUAGCAAGAAGGAAAGUUAGAGUGAAUGUAGUUGCACCAGGAUUUGUUCAUACAGAUAUGACGAAAGACUUGAAAGAAGAACAUUUAAAGAAAAACAUCCCUCUUGGGAGGUUUGGAGACCCCCUUGAUGUGGCCCAUGCAGUCGUGUUUCUUUUAGAGUCUCCGUACAUUACAGGGCACGUCCUGGUGGUGGACGGAGGCUUGCAGCUCACCAUGUAG